AUGGAGGAGAAUACCGACCUCGCAGGAGGAAUAUGUCAUAAAGCUGUCGCGAAACCACGUUGGGAAAAAAUUACUCAGGAGCUGAACUCAUUAGGACCACCAACACGAUCAUCAGAUGCAUGGCAACGAGUUUGGAACGAUUUAAAAUAUAAAACAAAGAAAAACAGCGCUCACAACCACGCAGAGAAUUUAGCAACUGGAGGUGGGCCAAAUAACACAGUUCCACUCUCAAAUCUGGAAGAGACGGUGAACAGGCUAAUGAGCUACACCACUUACAACAAUCCGCCAGGCGAAGAAUUUGGAAUAGAAAAUAAUGACGAUAAUGAGUCCGUUACGGAAGUGGAAAUAUAUUCAGACCACGAUAUCCCAGGGCCUUCGCGAAAUGUGAUACCUUCGCGAGAGCAUGGCCGAAAUAGCAGCUCUAACCCUAAAAGGAGAGAAGAAAAACAAAUUGCACUCCUUGAGCGGCAGACGGAUCAGCAGGCUGAAUUUCAAAAGGAAACUUUGGCCACACUAAAAGAGAUGAAACAAAGCCUUUCAAAUAUUGAAGUAUACACAAAAAAACUUACUAUAUAAAAAAAGAUAAAUUCGCUAUUUAUAAGCAGGAAAUGGAAAGUAAGAGAAGAGAUAGGAAAGCGAAGUUAGAACUCAAGAAAAAACUUCUUGAGAUCAAACAGAAUAUGUACGCAAAUUGUUAGUUUUAAGUAUGUAAAUAUAUAAAUUUAUAAAGUGUAGUGUAGUGGACUGAAUU